AUGAACAAAAUCGACUAUCAAGCUGUCAUUAAAUAUUUGGUUUUGAAAGGCAAUACGCCUCGCAAAUCAAAAGUGUGGUUCAAAAACAGGAGAGCAAAAUGCCGCACUACCAAUAAAACAAGUAACCAUGUUAUCGCCCGUAGAACCACUACCGCCCCUCGGAAGGUAAGAGUAUCAAAACCCUCCCCCGAGGUAGUCCAAGCAGACCCCCCUUCCCCCUCAGAGGUUCCCCCCCCAAAAAUUCCACCACCAGAGAUGACGGUGAAAAAGGAACCGUCACAAGUUCAAAUCUAUAACGGAACAGAUUUCAAUAAUUUACCCCUGAGUUCCCCAAGCAUAUCAUCUUCUGGGCAUGGAAGCUACAACUAUAAUGGGUGCAAUCGGUACCCAGUAAAUUCGUAUGGCUACGUUCAUCCGCAACGGUAUCAUCCAUCGCACCAGCAGCAUUUGGACUACUUUCGCAGCCAGUACAACCACAACCAAGUGCAAGCUGGGUACCAUAACGGAGCUCAUAUAUCCACCUACAUGGGAGAAAUUCCCGCUCCCCCCGUGGGUAGCCAUGGCCAUAACAGAACAAACUGCAAUAUGAAUGGAGCAGAAUGCAAUAUGAACGGUCACGUGGCAUCCUAUCCGUUUUCCCAAUAUCCCCAAUAUCCCCAAUACAGGCCAAUGACUGCUUUGAACCAGGAAGAUGAAAUCGAACACACUCAGCAUUUACUUUGUGAUAAUAAUUUUGUAAAUCUACUUUUGUACGUUUUAGUGGUAGAGGAGAACCCAAUGACACUUUAUUUGUCUUUAGUUUGA